AUGGAAAAAGUGGAGUUUGUGGAUGUGAGAAAAUUGAAGGUUCCUCCGUCGACUGCAAGAGGUCUACUUAUAGGAGCAAGCAUUGUUUUCGGAGUAAUCGCUGUUGUAAUCUUUCUGAUCUGUUGCUUCUGUCGUGUUCGGUCUCAGAAUCCAAAGGUUGUAAAGACGGUGAAAAUGACAAAGAUGCAUCCUUGUCAAGACAACCAGAACGUAGGCGUGGACGUAACUGAUUCAAACCUUUCCCUUGAUAUGAAGGUCGCAAUGGAUGAAGACGCACGUCUUUCGGGAGUUCCAGGGAAGAGUGUUCGAUUUUACGAUGAUGAUGAUGGUGGUGAGAAACACCCACAAUCGAGUGCCCCUAAUCCAUUGCAGUCCGGACCUGCGAUCCCCGCGAAAGUUAACCUGCCUUCUUACAUAAAAAUUUGGGGGGAACAGGCCUCAAAUUUUUAUUCAAGUGCUGCACCAAUGUAA